AUGCAUGAGGCACCCAGUCCCCGGAUGCAGACUCUCGAAGAGGCCCCUCAAACCCACAGGGUGGGGGCUGUGGGCCCCAAUAGCCCCAAGGAGACAGAGGAGACAACUGAGACGGGGGGCCCCCAGGGGGGCCCCCGAACACACACAGCGCAGCUGAUGGACAUACCAAACGUCUCCUUUACUGCAGUGGAGAUACCUGGGAGAGCAAGAAAGCCCACGACGGUGCUGCGCAUUUUAGGGGGCCCUGAUGUGGCCUCUAGGAGCUUGGCAUUAGAAGAUGGGGGGGAUCCACUGGUGCUGCGUCUAGGGUGCAGCAGCAGCAGCGGCAGCAGCAGCAGCAGUAGAUGGGGACACAUACUAUCCUCCCGCCAAAGCGCGGCCGGCAUCCUCUUAAGGAGAAGAGUCCGCAGGUCUGGGGCCGUUGAGUUUGUUCCUUUGGGGCGAGUCAUGCAGCGCCACGUCUUUACAGGCCUUGCGGACUUUUACUUCGUCCCUCCCCCCGGGCACCGCGGUGAGGAGACCCUGGAGGCGCAGGUUGUUGCUGAAGCGCAGCGUGCAUGCAGCGGCAGCAGCAGCACCAGCAGCAGUGACGGGUGCCCUUACAUCCCCCCUCCCUUCUUCUUAAAGGGACAGGCCCCAUUCCCAUACAAAAUUGAGGCCCCUUCGCUCCCGGCAUUCGCUGCAGAGGCCCUCUCAGCUGGCUCGGCGCAGCAGCAGCAGCAGCAGCAGCACAAGCGCCAGCGCCUACAGCAGCAACAGCAAGAGCAGCAGAAGCAGCAAGAGCAACAGCAGCAGCAAGACGAACAGCACCACGACCGCGAGCUCGUGGAGAAGCAACAGGAGCAGCAGCAGCAGCAGGAGGAGAAGCAGCAGAAACAACUACAGCAGCACCCCGUCACCCAGUUGGAUGGAGGUCUGAGGCACGGCGGCAGCAGCACAGACAAAGCACCACCUGAUGGAGUAGAUGCAGCAGAAUCUGCUGGAGCAGCUGCAGCAGCAGAAGCUGAAGCGGCAGCAGCGCCAGCAGCAGCAGUAGAAGCAGAAAAGGCAGCAGCAUCCUUCACUGAAGGAGACAGCGUUGGCCUUUCAGUUGCUGCGAAGGCAGCAACAGCACGGGCUGCUGCAGCAAAGACGCAUAGAGCUCCACGCUUCUUUCCUUCCCUGGCAACAGCAGCAGGAGCACCAGCAGCAGCACCAGCAGCAGCACCAGCAGCAGCAGCAACAACAACGGCAGCAACAACGAGAACAACAGCGGCAAACGGAGCAGACAGCACAUCGCAGGAGAAACAAGCCCCAGCAGCAACAGCAGCAGCAACAGAAACACAAGCAGCAGCAGCUACUGCUGCUGCUGCUAGUGAUGCUUGUGAUGUGGAAGCGUGCGCUCGAGAUCGUACUAGAGAGGAGGAAGAUGCAGCAGCAGCAGCAGCCGCUGUUGCUACUGCUGCUGCUUCCGCUGCAACAGCUGCUGCUGCCACAGCUGCCGCUGCAGUUGCAGAAAAGGGCGCGACGGAAGCAGCAACUCAGAGCCUCUCAGAACCAACAAAUGAUGAAACAGCAGAUGCUGCUGCUGUUGCCAGCCCCACACCAACAACAGCGACGGGAAGCAGCAGUAGCAGCAGCAGCAGCAGCAAGGAGGAAAGCUCUGCUUUCAACGCCGUCGGCCGCAUAGGCGAUGAGCAGCUGCCCGUUGCUCCGCCGCCUGCAGCAUCGAAGGCAUUUGCAGGUGUCUACCUUACACUGCUGCUGCUGCUGCUGCUGCUGUGGCUGUUUCUGUUGCUACUGCCUCUGGUGGGGGCGUUCUUGCGGUUGCCACUUGCACUUCUGCCACUGUCCCUAAUACUGUCGCUGCUGGUGCUUCGGCUACGGCUGCUGCUUCUGCUGCUGGAGCUACUGCAGCGGUUGAUGGUGCUGCUGCUGCACCUGCAGCGCGCGGAUGCUGAUUUGCUGCUAGCGCUGCAGCAACUGCUGCAGAGACAGCCCGUGUGGCUGCGGCCUUCGCUCGAUGCUCAGCUCCCUCGUUCAUACACCGCUUGGAGAAAGAAACCUGCCUAUGCCAAGACUUGCUUCCUCUUCGCAGAUGGGCCCUUCCGCGGCUGUCUCUGCCGCCUUGGCUAUGACCCCCGAAAAGACCCUGAGAGCCGCAACUACCAGACCAUCGACUUCAGGGAUCCAUUCUUUCGGGCCACGAAUUGGAAGGCGGCUGCUGCAGCAGGGGUUCCCGCCCCUGGUUCGAGGCAGCAACAGCGAGAGACACCUCAGCUUUUUCCUGCUAGCCCAUGGAUGCCAGCAGCGCCAGCGACCAAGACAGGAGUAGCAGCAGCAAUAUCAGCAGUCUCUGCAGCACUUACAACUGUAGUGCAGCAGCAACAGCAGCAACGGCAGCAGCAGCAGCAACAGCAGCAGCAGCAGCAACAGCAGCAGCAGCAGCAGGAGUGA